AUGGUGAGUUUUGAUGUCGAGUCGCUUUUCACCAAUGUUCCAGUUAAGGAAUGUCUUGAGGUAGUUAGGACAAGGCUAGCUGACAAUGAGAUACUGGAGUCGGUCAUGGUGUUAUUGCGAAACUGUCUAGAAGGGAGCUACUUUUUAUAUCGACAAAAGCAUUAUCUCCAGAUUGACGAAGUUGCUAUGGGCAGCCCGGUGGCGCCGGUUUUAGCAAAUAUCUGGAUGGAGCAUUUUGAGGCAAACAUAGACCUGCAACCAUGGGCAGUGAAGUUAUGGAAGCGGUAUGUCGAUGAUGUCUUUUGUAUCAUAAAGGGUGGCAAGCAAGAAGUUGAGCAAUUACUCCAGUAUCUCAAUUCCAUUCAUCAGAAGGUGAAAUUUACGUAUGAAUUGGAAUCAGAUCGAAGUUUGCCUUUUCUGGACAUAAAAGUGAUAGGUCGGAUGGAUGGAUCCUUGGCGCACACUGUCUACAGGAAGCCUACUCACACAGAUAGAUACCUCAAUGCUCAGUCUCACCACCACCCUCGUCACCUACUGUCCGUCGUUAAUUCCCUAAAGAACAGAGCACAUGACCUUUGUGACCCUGAAUUUUUAGAGAGUGAGAUGUCACACAUUCAGGAGGUUCUUAGAAAGAAUGGGUACAGGGUGGAUUGUCGGCAACCAAGACGAAAGCCUGCGAAGAAGCAUCCGAAUGUUGCAAGACGACCGGCAUUUAUGCCCUAUGUCAAGGGAGUGACAGACAAGGCGAAUAAAAAGAUGGAGUGCAUAAUGGGGAGGGAUAGUUGCAUUGUAACUGUUAGUUUGGAGGACUUCUAA